UUGAGCUGCGAGCUGACGUGAAAAUGGCUAGAUUGCCAACACUGCAACUGUGCAAAUCAAAAUGGUUAUCGUUGCGCUUGCGCCCUCUAGCGCCAACGGCAGCCGUACUAUCGAUAGCUGCCAACAGCUGAACCAAACAAAAACAACGUGCUCACCACAAUGACGAACUUGCGCAAGGAGCUGGAGAAAUGCAAACACCCGAACAGCCGUAAGACCAAGGCGCUCGGCAAGAAGGCGCGCCGGCAGAACAACAAGCACAAAGUGCGGCUCGGCCAUGCCAUUAAAAGCAAUCUGAUGGGCGAGAAGCUGAGCUGGUUUCUGGGCCACAUCGACGAGGGCCGAACAACGCCGCUUAAUCCGCAGGAAUUCGAGAAUCUAAUUGCGCUCUAUCUGCAACGUUUCGACGAGGAACUGGCGCAAAUCGCGCUAAAGCAAUCAAUUGGCAAACAUCGCGCCAAUCAGCACGCGGCGCGUCGUGAUGUUAUUAACAUAACGCUGGAAAAGGAGCGCAACGAGUACCAAAGCGGCGGCAUGGAAAUGCUGAACCUGUGCGAUGCGGCCAAAUUCAAGGCGCUGCUCGACUGGGAUGGCAGCGCCUUGAGCGUGCAGCAUUUAAAGCUAGAUUUGGUCUCGCACAACAUGCUGCAGCGGCUAAAGCAGCCGCCGGCAGCCGCAAGCGGAAGCGGCGCCAAAACGCAGCAAAUGGAGACGGUAUAAAAAACAGUUGUUAUAAUUCUCUCUUUUAUUUCAAUAAAUAAUAUCUAGCUAACUGUAGUCACGAAUAAAAAAAAACAAACCAUUGCAUUGUUUGCAUAUCGAUAACA